AUGGGGAUAAUCAAUGGUCUAAGCUUGCCACGGAGGGUUGGGCGCUUGGUGCUCUUCAGCGGCUUCCUGUUGGCCGCAUUGGCUGUCUACUACCUGACAUCGUCCAGCAUACCGCAGCCUGUCUUCGUACCGAGUUCUUUCAACUGGUCGACGGUGCAGCAACAUCAUGGCAUCAAGGACAUCAAGCCACUGCCCACGGGCAAGCCAGCAGCGCUCCCUCAAGUCCAGGCGGAAGCUGGAGCCUUUGGCCAUUCUGCGGUCAACGAGAAGCGCCGCAAUGCUGUGCGGAGGGCCUUUAAGCGCAGCUAUGAUGCCUAUAAAUUGCUCGCCUGGAUGAGAGACGAGCUCACGCCCGUGUCUGGAUCCGCGAAGGACCCGUUUGGCGGUUGGGCGGCGACGCUGGUCGAUUCCUUGGAUACGCUGUGGAUCAUGGGCUUCAAGGACGAGUUCGCCGAAGCUGCGGGUGCCGUGGGCGCGCUGGAUUGGUCUGUGACGGAUUCGACGGCGGCCAACAUGUUUGAAACGACGAUCCGCCAUCUGGGAGGCUUGCUGAGCGCCUACGACCUGAGCGGCGAGCGAGUGCUGCUGCGCAAGGCGGUUGAGCUGGGCGAGAUGCUGUACAUGGGCUUCGACACGCCCAACAGGAUGCCUGGCUUCUGGCUCGACUUUGAAAAGGCCAAGUCGGGCAAGUUGGUCGCCGGCACCAACGAUCCGUCGGCGUCGCCGUGCUCGCUGAGCAUGGAGUUUACGAGGCUGUCGCAGCUGACGGGCGAUAGCAAGUAUUACGAUGCGACAGACCGCGUGACUCGCUUUCUGGAGAAGAUUCAGAACGACACGCUGCUGCCGGGCAUGUGGCCGACGACGCUCAACUUCAAAGCUGAGACGGCUGUCGACAGCAGCUUUACGCUCGGUGCAUUGGCCGAUUCGCUCUACGAGUAUUUGCCCAAGAUGCACGCGCUGCUUGGGGGCGUGGACGGCGUCUACGAGAAGCUGUAUCGCCCGGCCAUGGACGCGGCGGUGAACAAUCUCCUGUUUAGACCUAUGCUGCCGGAUCAAGACGACAUCUUGUUCAGCGGCGAGUUCAGUGCUGGCAGCGGGCUUCAGGCUGACAGCCAGCACCUUACGUGCUUCGUCGGAGGCAUGUUUGCGCUUGGCGGGAAGCUCUUCGACAUUGAUGGUCACGUCGACAUCGGAGAGCGUCUGGCUCGCGGGUGCGGUUGGGCGUACGGCCGCUUCCCCACGGGCAUCAUGCCCGAGAUCUUCGGCAUGCUGCCGUGCAAGACACUGGACAAGUGUGAAUGGGACGAGGCGCGCUGGGCGAAAGAGGGAAGCAAGAUGAUGCCCAAGGGGUUCAAGCAUGCGCGGGACACACGAUACAUUUUACGGCCGGAGGCGAUUGAGAGCCUGUUUGUGCUGUAUCGCAUCACGGGCAAGGCGGACCUGCAAGACACUGCGUGGAACAUGUUUGAGGCCAUCAUGAAGGCGACGGAGACGGAGCUGGCGAACUCUGCGAUAGAGGACGUGACUGUUAUUCCGACCAAGAAGCUUGAUUCCAUGGAGAGUUUUUGGAUGGCUGAAACACUCAAGUAUUUUUACCUCAUUUUUUCGCCUCCCGACGUUAUCAGCUUGGAUGAAUAUGUAUUCAAUACCGAAGCACACCCGCUGAAGAGGCCGAGGGUAGGGUUGCGAUGA